AUGGCUUCCACCGAAAUCUUGAAGAGCGAUGCUGCAUGCUUCGCGUUCUUAGGCGAGUGCGGAUCAGUGCCAUUCACAGGUUCAAAUGCUGAUUGCAAAGCUUGUUGUGAAGCCAAAUUUGGGAAUCCUCCAGUCUGUGCUGGACGUGUUGAACUUGAGGGAGGCGUGCCUCACUGCCAUUGCUAUGGCUCGUCUUGA